AUGAUCAAACUAUACGCGUGUUUAUGUUUAAGUAUUUUAAAAUUAACAGUUAAUGCACAGUUUGGAACUGUAUCCAUAAGUGUCAAUAUGGAUCCACGGGCAGAUAUUGAUUUGAGUACUCACAAUCGCUGUCCUGUUAAUAUGUCGUGUGUCCCAAUAAGUUCGUGUCCAUUGUUAGAAGAUCUAUUAGAUUUCUCGUGCUUUUCAUCCGAUCGGUAUUUCCAUCGUCUGAAUUCUUUAACAUGUGGCAAUGCUAACAAUGAGGAUUACGUGUGCUGCCCGUCGUGUGAGUGUGGGCGAGUUUACGCUCCAGGAACUGAAUCCUGCGGGAAGAGUAUGGUCCAAGGAAUUGAUUACAGUGGCAUUGGAGCUCAUCCUUGGGUUGCUAGGAUAGGAUUUGCAAAUAAAGACACGGGCAACGUAAGAUUUGCUUGCAGUGGCUCCAUUAUUGCGAAGCGGGUUAUUUUGACAGCGGCGCAUUGUGCCUUGGCGAAACCUGAAGGAUACAAAUUGUCUACUAUAGUAGUUGGUGAGUGGGACAUCAGUAGUAGUCCGGAUUGCAGCGAUUAUUUCUGUGCUCCAGCGACACAAGCCAUCAAAGUGGAGAGUGUGUCUGUGCAUCCAGGAUACGAACAGAAGAUAUUCAGACACGACAUAGCGAUGAUUAUAUUGAAGGAUGAGAUAAAAUUUUCUGUGACAGCUGCUCCGAUAUGUUUGAAUGAUAAGCCGGAAGUUGUGAUCAACGAACGCGCUUCGCUUGUCGGAUGGGGGAAACUGUCCGGACAAAACAACCUGAUCGGUCGCCAACAACAGUUAGAAGUACCGUUGGUGUCGCUGGAGAUGUGUGGGAAGGUUUUUGGUGAAUCCGUGCCUAUUCAUGAAGGGCAGCUUUGUGCGGGCGGCGAAGAGGGCAAAGACGCUUGUUCGGGCUUCGGAGGAGCUCCUCUGAUUCUUAAUAGAGAUGGCCAAUUUGUACAGAUCGGCAUUGUAUCCUUCGGGUCGGAGAACUGUGGCAGUGAAGGCAUACCCAGCGUGUAUACAAACAUCGCACAUUAUUAUAGAUGGAUUGUUGAUAACAUGCCGUCUUGA